AUGACACCUUCAUUAGAUUUUGAUGUCUUAACUAUCAUAAUCUCGCAAAUUCAUUUAGAAAAUCCUUAUGAUUAUAAAUCAUUAUAUCAUUUUUUAUUAUCAUGCUUUAAUAAAGAACAAAUUAAAGAAAUAUAUGAAAAGAUGCAAAUAGAAUUUCCAAAAGAUUUUGAAACAGAACAUUUAUUCAGAAGUUUACAAAUUUCUAAAAAGCCAACUUUUAAUUACCCUUCAUAUAUAAAAUCAUUAUCAUAUAGAGGAUUAUUCAUGUCCGCUAUACUGUGGUUUAAAUCAUCACCUUAUAACAACCAUUUUGGAGACCAACGUUCAACACAAUUUUUUUUAAAAUUAAUAAUACGAUCAUUAUUAAAAUUAUUUACAUCGAAUCAAAUGAAAUUUAGAAGAGUUAUAAUUGAAGGGAUGAAUGAUAAUCAAAUGAAAAUUAAAAAAGGAAUAAUUGAUGGAAUGAAUGAUGAAACAUAUUUAUGGGAGUAUUAUAUUUGUUCGAAAAUGUUAUAUGAACAAGAAUUUAAAUCAUUAUUUGAAUGUAUACGGAAAUUGGAUAUUGAAGGAGUUGAUGAAGAACAAGUUGAAGAUAUGGUCAAUGGAUGGAAAGAUUUUUCAACAUUAAAAACCUUAAAAGUUCAGAUAAACAAACAUCUUUCAACUAUCGUUUCAAAUACACCAUUUCUUAGAAAAAUUUACAUUAAUAAAGGAGAUAUUCAUUUCCUUUUACCUCUUCUAGCCUCACCAAUUCCCUCAAGAACGUUAACAUCCAUAACAUUACAUAAUGUUAAGUUUGAUAAAUCAGAUCAAUGGGAACUUUUGUCAUCUUUACACAAUCUUGAAAAGCUAAAGUUAAUUGUCUUAUCACAACAUGCCUUAGUGGUUAGUGAAAAUUUUGAAGAUAGUCGAGUUAGAGUCUUUCAUGAAUCUUUAGAACGAGUAUUACGAUCAGUAAUGUUUUUCCACUUAAUACUUUUAUUAUUUUGCGUCAAUCUUUCAUCCACGCAAUAUGUUGCUCACUUUGAAAUACCACACCAAAAGGAUCCAAAAACCGUAGCAAUAAUUGGUGCUGGCGCUGGUGGUUCUUCGGCUGCUUAUUGGAUUUCUGAAGCUUUUGCCAAUUUAUCGACACCAGUUAAAACGACUGUCUAUGAGCAAUCAUCACAAGUUGGAGGGCGUGCACUAGUUUUUAACUAUACACGUGACAAUACCCAGAUUAUUCUUGAAUUAGGAGCAUCUAUAUUUAUUGAUGAUAAUUAUCAUAUGACGAAUUCUGCUAAAAAAUUCGGUUUAGAAUUUAUUAGUUAUGGUGAAGAACUCCAAAAUUCAAAAGUUGGAAUAUGGGAUGGAAGUCAAUUUGUUUUCGAACAAUCUUCAAGUUCAUAUUGGGAUAUUUCUAAACUCAUUUGGAAAUAUGGGUGGGCACCUAUUAAGGUCCAACGAUUAGUCAAUUUAAUUAUUUCAAAAUUUCUGAAAACUUAUGAGUUUAAAGAACCAUUUACAAGUGUUAAUUUAGAGGCUGAAAGACUUCAACUUGAUUUAGAACAAAAAUUUACUGCUCAAUAUUAUUUUUCUGAAUUAAAGCAUAUUAAUCAACUUUACCUUCAACACUUGGUUGAACCUAUGACUCGUGUUAAUUAUGGUCAGAAUUUAGGUGAAAUUCAUGCUCUGGGUGCAUUUAUUAGUCUUGCACCAACGGGUGCGAAGAGCAUUAAAGGUGGAAAUUAUCAACUUUUCGAAAAGUUUAUCGAGCACUCAGGUGCAACAUUGAACCUGAAUACUAAAGUAGUAAAAGUAACUAAAUUGCGGACAAUAAAUGGUGUAGAGGAAUCAGUAAAAUAUGUGGUUCAAACAAAAAAUGGCUCCACAGAAAUGUUUGACGCGAUUAUCAUGGCUGCGCCUAUUCAAUUCUCUGGGGUAGAAUUUGAAAAUAUUUAUUUGGAAAUGAAGAAAAUUCCUUAUGUGACGCUUCAUGUUACAUUUGUAACGGGACGCUUAAAUCCAUCUUACUUUAAUCGUACAAAAGUUGAAGAUUUUCCAAACCAAAUAUUAACAACAAAUAGUGGUAAAGCAGAAUUUCUUAGUUUGGCGGCAAAAAUUGUUCUAGAAAAUGGAGAAACAUUGAAUAAGAUAUUUUCACAUGAAAAGAUGUCUGAUGAAGUACUUGAUAGAAUUUUUUCUGAACGAUCUUGGACUUUUCGAAAAGUUUUUAAAGCUUACCCAAGAUUAUUACCGAAUCAGACAUUUCCACCAAUAGAACCAGAUACAAAUUUCUUUUAUGUUAACAGUUAUGAACCAUUAAUUUCGACUAUGGAAACUGAAUGUGUUUCCAGUAGAAAUAUUGUUAAAUUGUUGGCACAACGUUGGAAUUCAAACUUUUAA